CGCGACCUUGACUGGCCUCCUUUUGGCACCAGCAGGCGGCGUCACGCUGCACGGCAACAAGUAUAUAUAGCGAAGCGGGCGGUAGGUUCGGCAGUCGCUUCUUCGCCGAAGAGCAAACACCACCACCGCUAAGAUGAGACCCAUUCACGUCCUCCUGGCCCUGGUCCUCCUCGUGGCCUGCGUCAGCGCCGGCGGCGGCUAUGGCGGCCGUGGCGGUGGCGGCGGCUUCCGCGGCGGCUUUGGCGGCGGCGGAUUUGGAGGUGGAAAAGGAUUCGGCGGCGGAGGCUUCCGCGGUGGAAAGGGAGGCUUCGGCGGCGGCGGCCACCGUGGCGGAUCUAGAGGCUUUGGCGGUGGUGGUGGCUUCAGAAAGGGCGGCUUCGGAGGAAAGGGCGGUUUUGGCGGUGGCUUUGGCGGUGGCUUUGGCGGCGGCUUUGGCGGCGGCUUUGGCGGCGGCUUCGGAGGAGGAAAAGGCGGUUUCAGCGGCGGCCACAGGAGCGGUGGCUAUGGAAAAUAGAGCGCCUCUCCCCGUCCCUGUUCCAUUCUCCGGCUCGUCUACCUACACCUACCCCCACCCACCCUCCACACGAUGCUCCUGAAUCUCUCUCUCCACUCCCCAACCCAGACCUUGGUGAAGAGGGAGAAGAAGAAGAUAAGAGCCCAAUAAGCUUCUCUCUCCGAAAAGCUUUUCUUUCUUCCUUCUCCUCUUCUUCCUCCUCCUCCUCCUUCUACUCCUCCUUCAUCUCCUCCUCCUCCUCUUACACCUCUGUCUCCAAAGUGUUCACGGUUCAGGAGUAAAUAAAGUAUUUUCUGACCA